AUGGCUACCUCCAAACCCGACAUCAUGAUCAUCCUACUGAGCAAGCUGAUUGAGGAGGGAGACAGCUUCUAUAAGGUGAGAUCAGGAGGCCCUACCCUAAUCUGAGGAAGGACUGUCAGCUGUUGUUGGAAAAUAUUCAUAUAUAUAAGAAGAAAAAAAAUAUAUAUAUAUAUACACAUCCAAGAAAGAACAUGUGAUCUAAUCAAACUAUCUGUGUGAUGCUUUUGUCUACACUUUUGACACUUUUGUAUUUAUCCUCAAGUGUUUACAGCUUUUUUUGGGGGGGUCAUUAAGAGCUUGAUGUUUUCUGUGUUGUAUGAGUAACAUGUUGUGUGUGUCGGUGUGUUCGACAGAAAAGGAAAGUGAAGGAGGCAGCGCAGUGCUAUCAGUAUGCCAUCAAAAAGUUCCCCCGCGAAGGCUUCAGUGAGGACCUCAAGACCUUCAGGGAGCUCAAAGUGUCCAUCUUACUAAAUCUGUCCCGAUGUCGGAGGAAACUGAACGUGAGUUGGUGGGCUCUGACCAUGGAUCCAUCCCAAAUGGCACCCUAUUCCCUAUAUACAGUGGGGGAAAAAGUAUUUAGUCAGCCACCAAUUGUGCAAGUUCUCCCACUUAAAAAGAUGAGAGAGGCCUGUAAUUUUCAUCAUAGGUACACGUCAACUAUGACAGACAAAUUGAGGAAAAAAAUCCAGAAAAUCACAUUGUAGGAUUUUUUAUGAAUUUAUUAGCAAAUUAUGGUGGAAAAUAAGUAUUUGGUCACCUACAAACAAGCAAGAUUUCUGGCUCUCACAGAACUGUAACUUCUUCUUUAAGAGGCUCCUCUGUCCUCGCCUCGUUACCUGUAUUAAUGGCACCUGUUUGAACUUGUUAUCAGUAUAAAAGACACCUUUCCACAACCUCAAACAGUCACACUCCAAACUCCACUAUGGCCAAGACCAAAGAGCUGUCAAAGGACACCAGAAACAAAAUUGUAGACCUGCACCAGGCUGGGAAGACUGAAUCUGCAAUAGGUAAGCAGCUUGGUUUGAAGAAAUCAACUGUGGGAGCAAUUAUUAGGAAAUGGAAGACAUACAAGACCACUGAUAAUCUCCCUCGAUCUGGGGCUCCACGCAAGAUCUCACCCCGUGGGGUCAAAAUGAUCACAAGAACGGUGAGCAAAAAUCCCAGAACCACAUGGGGGGACCUAGUGAAUGACCUGCAGAGAGCUGGGAGCAAAGUAACAAAGCCUACCAUCAGUAACACACUACGCCGCCAGGGACUUAAAUCCUGCAGUGCCAGAUGUGUCCCCCUGCUUAAGCCAGUACAUGUCCAGGCCCGUCUGAAGUUUGCUAGAGUGCAUUUGGAUGAUCCAGAAGAGGAUUGGGAGAAUGUCAUAUGGUCAGAUGAAACCAAAAUAUAACUUUUUGGUAAAAACUCAACUCGUCGUGUUUGGAGGACAAAGAAUGCUGAGUUGCAUCCAAAGAACACCAUACCUACUGUGAAGCAUGGGGGUGGAAACAUCAUGCUUUGGGGCUGUUUUUCUGCAAAGGGACCAGGACGACUGAUCCUUGUAAAGGAAAGAAUGAAUGGGGCCAUGUAUCGUGAGAUUUUGAGUGAAAACCUCCUUCCAUCAGCAAGGGCAUUGAAGAUGAAACGUGGCUGGGUCUUUCAGCAUGACAAUGAUCCCAAACACACCGCCCGGGCAACGAAGGAGUGGCUUCGUAAGAAGCAUUUCAAGGUCCUGGAGUGGCCUAGCCAGUCUCCAGAUCUCAACCCCAUAGAAAAUCUUUGGAGGGAGUUGAAAGUCCGUGUUGCCCAGCGACAGCCCCAAAACAUCACUGCUCUAGAGGAGAUCUGCAUGGAGGAAUGGGCCAAAAUACCAGCAACAGUGUGUGAAAACCUUGUGAAGACUUACAGAAAACAUUUGACCUGUGUCAAUUCCAACAAAGGGUAUAUAACAAAGUAUUGAGAGACUUUUGUUAUUGACCAAAUACUUAUUUUCCACCAUAAUUUGCAAAUAAAUUCAUAAAAAAUCCUACAAUGUGAUUUUCUGGAUUUUUUUUUCUCAUUUUGUCUGUCAUAGUUGAAGUGUACCUAUGAUGAAAAUUACAGGCCUCUCUCAUCUUUUUAAGUGGGAGAACUUGCACAAUUGGUGGCUGACUAAAUACUUUUUUUCCCCACUGUAGUGCACUACUUUUGACCUGCACCCAUAAGACUCUGAUCAAAAGCAGUGCACUAUAUAGAGAAUAUGGUGCCAUUUGAGACACAACCAUAUAUAGUAUUUUAUCAAUAAAUGCAUUCCAGAGUAAUACAUAGUAGUAACAGUACUGGAUAUUACCUCUAUUGUUUUCAGUAUCUGACUCAUGGAUCACUUGUUAUUACAUUCAGGACUUUGGGAUGGCUGAGGAGUUUGCUACGAAGGCGCUUGAAUUGAAACCAAAAUCAUAUGAAGCGUACUAUGCCAGAGCCCGCGCCAAGCGUAGCAGCAGGUACACGUCUAUUUACAUCCCUGCUCUCAGUCUCUCAUCAUACCAUUUUCCUCCUUUCUUUGUGACCAUUUGUUUUUUCAUUAGUUUAUACAUUUUCAUAGCAGCGUUUUUUUAAAUAAAUACAAUAAUUAAAAAACACUUCAUGUAAGAAUACAAACCUUACCUCACUUCCAACCCUGUUGCAUUUUACCCCUCCUGCCUGUCUCUGCAGGCAGUUCCCUGAGGCCUUGGAGGACCUGAAUGAAGCCAUGAAGCAGAGCCCCAACCACCCUGAGAUCCAGCGCCUCCUGCAGCGAGUAGAGGAGGAGUGUCGACAGCUUACCCAGGAGGAGGAGGACGCACAGAAGCUGGAGCCUCCCCCAUCUCCUCCCCCCUCGCCUCCCCCAGACGAGGGGGAGGGGAUGUCCCUGUCCUCCCUCCCCCUCCCCCUGGAGCUCCCCCCUCCCCCGGAGCCUCGGCUGGAGGACAUGGAGCCGGUCCAGGAUCUGUUUGAGGAUGAGGACUAUCUGGAGCAGGAGGCCAUGUCUAUUGGGAGUAUGGGUUCUAUGGGUCUGGCCCUCGAGAGGGAGCCCUGCUCCAACCCCUCCAGCCUGCCUAUCAUCCAGAGCCCCCCUCUUUCUCCGACCAACCACCAUCCCUACCAUCACCAGGACCAGGCCUACCUGUCAGGGGGCUCCCCCAUGGGCCAGCCUUAUGACUACGGCCACCCCAGCCCCACCUCUAUGUCCUCCCCCGGCAUCCAGAACUACCAGCCGCCGUCGCCCCCCUCCCUCUCUCCCACGCACCACAACUCCCACUACCGACACAGCCCUCCGCAGACCUCCCCGGUGCACCAGACCACCUACCGCUUCAGCCCCCCGCCCAUGGGUGGCAAUGGAGGAGGGGGGCAGGGGAUGGACCACGGAUACCAGAGCCCCCCGCUCUCCCCCCUGCGUCGGGGUGGGGUACAGAGCCAGUACAGAGCCAGUCCCCCAGUGGAGAGUGUGUGUCUGUACAGGUCCCAGUCAGGGUCUCCGGUGCACUACCAGCAGGAGCAGCCUCCCUUGUCUAAGAUGAGCAGCCAGAGGUCCUUCCAGCUGAGCUCACAGCCUUCCCUGCACCACCAGGCCUCCCUGCACCACGACAGCCUCCAAACCCACCAGCAGCACCAGGCCCAACUGCACCACCAGGUCUCCCAACAGCACCACCAUGCCCAACUGCACCACCAAGCCUCCCAGCACCACCAGGACUCCCUGCACCACCACGCCCAACAGCACCACCAGGCCCAGGCCCAGGGCCUGCGCCUCCAGCCAUCCAUGGCCCAGAUUGUUCGCACCAACCAGCCCAGCAACGCAUACGGCCAGAUGGGCCACCCCAUGCGCUACCAGGGGGCCUCCACGGACUUGCCGAUGGAGAACCAGAGCCGGUUGAUGUACCAGCCCUCCCUGGAUGGUCGCUCCAUGCCCCUGUCCAGCCUCUCAGCUGGGGCCCUCUGUCAGCACGGGGGCCGAGGAGGGGUCAUAGAGGGCCUGAUGAAGGACGAGCUACCCCAGCGCCCCUCCUCUGCCUACCGUGCCAGCAGUGGGGGCCAGGUCCAGGGUGGGGUCCGCUACAGCCAGACCCCCCAGAUCAGCCGCAGCCAGUCGGCUGCCUACUACCCUGGCAACAAGCACGAGCUGGAGCGCCAGAACAGUGCCAUGCCCCAGUGCCAGCUGGGAUCGCCAGAGAUCGGCCACAUGAUGAGGCGGCCCGUCAGUGCCACUACCACAGAGAUCAAACCGCACAUGUCCACUCCCCGGCCCCUCAUCCACUCCCAGAGCGUGGGCCUCCGCUUCUCCCCCUCCAGCAACAACAUCCCCACGGGGGGCUCCAGCUGUAAUCUAGCCCCAGGUUUCAGGCCUUCCUCCUCCGUCCAGGGGAUGGAGAUCCCGCUCCAGGUGGCCUACGAGGGCUAUGAGGGGUACGAGCAUUCCUGUAACGACGACAUCUCCCCAAACUCGCCCUCCCAGGGGGGCGGUGGGGGGCUGUACCAGGGUGAGAGCACCCGCUCGCGGACCACGCCCUUCAUGGGCAUCAUAGACAAGACAGCACGGACUCACCAGUCUCAGUACCUGCAGCAGCCCUCCUCCCAGCGGCCCUGGGCCAUGACCUCCAUGGACUCUGGCAUCAGCCCCACGUCGCCCGGCCAGCUGGUCCAGCAGGGCUCGUCCUACAGCCCCCCCACCUCGCUGGGGAACAUUGCUUACUACAACAAGACUAACAAUGCCCAGAACGGACAACUGCUGGAGGAGGACUACUACCCCCAGCAGCAGCAGUCCUCCCUGGGCAAGCUGGCCAACGGCACCUCUCGGGGCGGGGGAGAGGGAGGGGACAUCCUGGAGAGGGUGAGCCAGGUGCCCACCUAUCCAGACGUGAAGGUGGCCAGGACUCUGCCCGUAGCUCAGGCCUACCAGGACAACAUGUACCGACAGCUCUCCCGUGACUCUAGGCAGGGCCCCACCUCCCCCAUCAAACCAAAGAGACCUUUCGUGGAGUCGAAUGUGUGA